CUGUGUAUUAUUGUCCAGAGUCCAUUGUCAUUGGUCGCUUUCACCAAAAUACUCCGUAAAAAAAAUUGAUGGUGGUUGAUGUUUUUGGAAAGUUUGUUGCUUUUUUUUUAAUAAUGUGGGCAAAUUUUCCUUUCUAAAUUAUAAAAAAGUUCUUAGUUUACUUAACAGGAUAAGUGAUAAUCCAAAAUGACCACAGAAGAAAAGUUUAAUGCAGCAGUAAAUGUGAUUAGAAGUUUGCCAAAAAAUGGUUCAUACCAGCCAAGCAAUGAACUUAUGCUGCGAUUCUAUGCUUAUUUCAAACAGGCCACCCAGGGACCAUGUUUUGGCAGUAGGCCUGCAUUUUGGGACGUGGUUGGCCGUGCCAAAUAUGACGCCUGGAAAAAGUUGGGCGAUAUGUCGAAAAACGAUGCUAUGACGAAAUAUGUGGAUGAGUUGCAUUCGAUUGUCGAGACAAUGAGCUAUUCUGAUAAGGUUGCCAACUUCCUGGAAGCUCCUACAAAUGAAUUAGAUGGCAUUAAUUUUGAUGAUUUAGAGCUUGUCGCUGGAGAUGUUUUGGAAAAAGUUAGGUCACAACCCAACUCUCCUUUAGCUUCAAGGGAGGGAUCUCCGAUAAGGUUUAUUUCAAAUCUCUCUUCUUCACGCUCUGUAUCGCCGAGCUCAAAAGCUGAAGAUUCAGACCAUAGUGACGAUGAAUACAUUGACACAAUAGAAUUGCCAAACCAGUUGCAAUCAGAUAUUGUGGAGGUUAAGGUUGUGCCAAAUGGCAAUGUGGCCAGUAGCGAACAAGCAACACAUUUAGUACCUAAUGGGGUGCCGCACGUAUCAAGAUCACGUACACGUGCUCAUCCUCAUGUAGACAUAUCUCAAGAAAUUGCUAAAACCAUCGAGAGUCUUAAGGGCGAUGUUCAGAGGUUAACAAGCCAGGUAAAUGCACUGGAAAUGUCUGAAAGAAAAAUGUCGGUGAGAAAAAAAGGAUUUUUUACUGGGCUGCAACCCCAAAUAAUAGUUUUUAUAAUAACAUGGCCAUUUAUUGCCAGUUUAAUAAUAAAUAGAUGGUUGCUAAGAAGGAAAUAGUAUAGUGUCAAAUUUUGUAUAGGCUAAAAAAAUAAAUUGUGGUGUCAGUGAACAUGAUUGUGAUUAAGGUUAUUUAUAUGAUUUUAAUAUAAGCGCAAAUUUCAAAGUAAAUAUGUUUAUACAUAUUUAUUUUGACAAAUUUUCUUUAUAAACUAUUUGUAUGUAACAUAGUUGCAUUUUAAACAUCACCAUUUCUUGUAUAUUUUUUAUGUAUUUUUUUCGUGAGCGUUUUUUUGUGAUUUUUAUAUUACAUAUAAUUCCAUUUUAUUUGUUAGAGUAUUUGCAGAAUUUUAUACGUAUAUUUCAUAUUAUCACAAUGUGGUUUGGAAAUAAAUAUGUAGGUUGUUGUAUUAUUAAUAA